CUGGAUGUAGCCACACCGCAAGCACCGCCUCGUCCUGCCCCUCAACAACAGCUUACAGAACGGUUAUGAAAAAGACGAGCUUUUGAUUCACAUUAGUCUUGCAGCUUCACUUGAGUACUGCAGUGCAUUCUGUCUUAUAGAUAUUUCCCGAAGUGUUUACAGUGUUGACUGUGCAUUUAAGCUUUUGUUGUAGCAUACUGACGGAAGGAAGAUUCACAGCUGAGAGAUUUAAUGAUGACGACAUCAUGGAGCGAUCGACUUCAGGACUAUGCAGAUCUCCCAGCGAACAUGGAUGGCCUGGCGAUGAAGAAAUACAGGAGAGAGGCCUAUCAUAGAGUGUUUGUGAACAGAAGUCUGGCCAUGGAAAAGAUUAAAUUCUUCGGCUUUGACAUGGAUUACACUUUAGCAGUAUACAAGUCUCCUGAAUACGAAUCGUUGGGCUUUGAUCUGACUGUGGAGCGGCUGGUCUCCAUUGGCUACCCACAGGAACUACUCGGAUUUGUUUAUGACCCCACUUUCCCUACAAGAGGUCUGGUGUUUGACACCAUGUAUGGCAACCUUCUGAAGGUAGAUGCUUAUGGAAACAUCCUGGUUUGUGUCCAUGGCUUUAACUUCCUGCGAGGCCCUGACACCCGAGAGCUCUAUCCCAACAAGUUUAUCCAGCGUGAUGACACAGAACGCUUCUACAUCCUCAACACACUCUUUAACCUUCCAGAAACAUACCUCUUAGCCUGCCUGGUUGACUUCUUCUCAAACUGUGACCGAUAUUCAAGGGGGAGAGAGCUUUCCUGUUUGGCUCGGACAACCUCAAACAAGGGAAGACUCUGUGAAAAGGGCUUUAAGGAUGGAGACCUCUUCAUGUCCUUCAAGAGCAUGUUCCAAGAUGUCCGAGACGCUGUAGACUGGGUACAUUUCAAGGGAACAUUGAAAGAGAAAACAGUGGAAAACCUGGAGAAGUAUGUUGUUAAAGAUGCCAAGUUGCCGUUGCUGCUGAGCCGCAUGAAUGAAGUCGCUAAAGUUUUCUUAGCUACCAACAGUGACUUCAAAUACACAGACAAAAUUAUGACAUACUUGUUUGACUUCCCCUAUGGCCCAAAGCAUGGCACUCCACACCGUCCAUGGCAGUCAUACUUCGACCUCAUCCUAGUGGAUGCUAGAAAGCCUUUAUUUUUCGGAGAGGGAACUGUUCUAAGACAGGUGGAUACGACUACAGGCCGGCUGAAAAUAGGAACAUACACUGGACCUUUACAACAUGGCAUUGUUUACUCUGGAGGUUCUUCUGACAUUGUGUGUGACCUGCUUGGAGCAAAAGGGAAGGAUAUUUUGUACAUUGGCGAUCACAUUUUCGGAGAUAUUCUUAAGUCCAAGAAGCGUCAGGGUUGGCGGACGUUCCUGGUGAUUCCUGAAUUGGCUCAGGAGCUGCAUGUUUGGACAGACAAAAGCUCUCUGUUCGAGGAACUGCAGGGCUUGGACAUUUUCCUGGCAGAACUAUACAAGCAUUUGGACAGCAGCAGCAAUGAGAGGCCAGAUAUCAGUGCCAUCCAGAGAAGAAUGAAGAAAGUGACUCAUGACAUGGACAUGUGCUACGGGAUGAUGGGAAGUCUGUUCCGCAGUGGCUCUCGGCAGACUCUGUUUGCGUCUCAGGUGAUGCGUUACGCUGAUCUGUAUGCUGCCUCAUUCAUCAACCUGCUCUACUACCCCUUCAGCUACCUGUUCAGAGCUGCUCACGUGCUGAUGCCCCAUGAGUCCACAGUGGAGCACACUCACGUAGACACAGAUACUGAGUCUCCUCUGGCCACACGCAACCGCCACUGUGUGGACUGCAAGGACAUUGACUGUAAAAGAAACCACCUCACACGCUCCAUCAGCGAAAUCAAACCACCCCACCUGUUCGCUCAGCCACCGCAGGAAAUCACCCACUGCCACGACGAAGAUGACGACGAAGAGGAGGAGGAGGAAGAGGAGGAAGAGUAGAUGUUUUUGACCUAUUCUAGGGAAAUGAACUGUAGGGUGAGGAUGAUAGAAUGAUGAGGAUAUCGUGUGAGGAGUAGACUAUAAUUGUCAAACCAAGCUCAAAAACCUUACCAGACUUCACCCAAACUGACAUAAAGAUAACUAAAGCAAAAAAUAAAAAAAUAAACCUUGGGAUCUUACGGACCUCCGCACAUGACAUGCAGCAAAAAAUUGUAGGCUAAAUUGUGUGCAUGAUUUACUAAUUCAUUCCCUCAAUGUACUAAAAUGUGCACACGAUUACUAUUGCGUUCCCUUGAUUUACUAUUUCGUUCACUCGAUUUGUACAUUUUGCGCACAAUUUACUAAUUCGUUCCCUCAAUUUGCUAAACCGUGCGCACAUAGAGGGAAUGCAAUAGUAAAUCGAGGGAACGCAAUAGUAAUCGUGUGCACGUUUUAGUAAAUUGAGGGAGCGAAUUAGUAAAUUGUGCGCACAAUUUAUUUAUUUUUUCUUGCAUGUCAUGUGCGGGGCUCCGUAGGAUCUGGAUUUAUUUAUCUCUAUAAAAGCACAUAAUGUCAUGUGAUAAACAUCCAAUGGAAACACAGUGGAAGGGAUACAUACUUUACUAUGAACUGAUGGUAAAACUCGCAAGUUUACACAAAAUCCAAGCCUGUUAGGACAAGUGUUAAAGUCGGUUAUUGGAUCCUUAGUGAUACAUGUCAUGUUUUUCUAUUGUUUUCUAUUUUUAAUCAGUUUAGACAUUACUUUUCAAGUAGCCAGUCCAUUCAGUCAGAUUAGCUUGGUUACUACCUCCUGCAAAGACUGUUCCUUUACAAAAAACUCUGUGUGUUAAAGCUGUGUAUGUUGGCAAGGUAUUUGUGUUGAAGUCCUGCGCGUGUGGGGAAUCUGAAUGAAGCACAGAAAACCGGAGCACGGUUUCAUUGUGACGUGCGUAUGGAAGUGUAGCCAACACAAGAAUCCAGUUACUUGGCGACAGCAUGCAACUGCUGUUUUUUUGUUUUUUUUAGUUGUUUGUUAACCACGUGGUUUUCAACUUUUUUUAAGGCAGACAUUUUGGUUAGCGCUAAUUCCUCGUGUAAAUGAGUCCGAAUACACACAGAGACAUCAUAUCAGUACCUGCUCUAAUUUUGGCAACAAUGUCACACUGAACAAUGACAUACUGUAUUUUUAUACUGUUAUAUAAGCUAAACAGAACACUCAAACAUUACGUGCCAUUAAUAUAGUAAGUGACCUUGAUAUGCAAAAACUAUUUCUAAAACUGUUUUAUGUCCUGAGCAGCUUAUUACACACCAGUAGAAGCUGGACAUUGUGAAGAUGAUAGCUUGAGAAAGAAAGUGCUGUUGCAUUGGUAAAUGUUUUUUUAGAAAUGAAAGCAGUCCUGGAGAACGUUUGAACUCUGUUGAUGGUUUACUCUCAUGUGGACCAAACGGUGUUGAGAAAUUAUGUUCGAUUUAGCUUCAACGGUCCCAUUAGAGACUUUUAGGUGUCUCCAGAGCAAGUAUGUGAAGUUUGUAAAGAAAUAAACGUUAUUGUCGAGUAUAAUGGUGGUUCACGGUUUAGAGAGGAAGUGGUUUUAGCCGUGGAAAGUGUUUCAAGUGCAUGAAACAUGUAGAUUAGGAUGACUAGUGUGACUUUUAUAUGCAUUACUCAAAAAUAGUAUGUAGGAUCUGAUUGAAUGAAGCUACCCAAUCCAUAGUGCAAUGUGUAUUACUCAUAUGCGUAUCAUAACUUUUUUUUUUUUUUUAUAAAAGUGUAGUUUUGUUUAGUUUUUUUUUUUUUUCCAUGGGUCUGACUGUGAGUUUUUAAAAGGGAAGACCAAUUAGGUCUACAGUGUAAAGGUUUUUGGUGAGGCCCAAAAAUGGUUUCUAGGUUUUCAAAGGAAUAAGUUAAAGAGACAUUUUUUUAAACAUACAAUGCAUAUUUUAUUUGUCAGUUUUUUUUUUUUUUUUUUUAUACAACUGGACAUCCAAAAAUGGGGCAGCUCUUUCAAAAUAUACUUGUUCUUGGUUCUUUAGAGACCACAGUAUAGAGAAAGUGUUUUUUUAUGUCCUAAAAAAAGAUCCAGUAUCUCUCUUUCCUCUGUUUUCAUUAGCUUUUUAUAUAAAAACUCAGUGUUGUGGGUGUGUGUGUGUGUGUGUGUGUGUGUAUAUAUACAUAUAUAUAUAUAUGUAUAUAUAUAAUAAGGCCAGCUCCCUGGACAUGGAUUAAAACUAGUCCUGGGCUAAUUUGCAUUAGUGUUGGCAGUGGUCCUUUUUUAGUUGUCUAUGCAAGGAAAACUGGCUUAGAUUAUAUUAUAAUAUAAAUAAUAGAAAGUGCAUUGAGUUUAAACAGUAUUCGUCCAAUUUUCCCAGAAGUGCAUCAUAGAUACAUCUUCAACAGGUGAGGGUCUCCAUAUCGUCAUAGGUAGCAUUGCAUAUAUUUCUGUUUGAACCAGUGUUUUCAAAUUAUAUUUUGGCACAGUAUACAGUAGUAGCGUUAACUGUGCCAAUAACUUACUAAUAUACUGAGUAUUUGUUCCUUUCCGUUUUUUUUACCUUUUUCCUAAUUCCAUGUUUAAUACAAACUAUUUUUUUGUGACUUUUUAGUUUUCCUUUUAGUAAACGGAAAAGGUGCAAAACGGUUUUGUCUGUAAAAGAGAUCUAGCAAAAUAGACAUGGCGUUUAUUAAUCCAAUGUUUUUGUUGUUUGUUUAGGGCAUGUGAUUUCAUGACUCCGAUUUCAUUGUUCCCUGAAUUAUUAUAGCUUCUGAUUUAUAGAGUUCUAAACUUAUACAGUUGGGAAAUUGCAUUGCAAUGUUAAAUAAAAAUAGUUUUCCAUAAUAA